AUGCGGCUGAUCGCGUCGUUCAUCGCCGCUACCGAUCGAAACAAUAGCGAUUUCGUCGCGACGGCGUCCAAUUCUAAAGCAAAUAUCAAACAUGCACAGACUGCUGCAUUUCGAACUGAAAACGGGGUGAACGAGAUUGGGUUUGGGUGGAAAUACCGAAAAACUGCCGAGUACGACUACUCAUAUUCGGGUGAAGUAUUUUCUGUCCGAACGCUACCUCCUGGAUUUGAUUUAGCUACCACUACCGUAUCCAUGGAAGACGACUAUGCGGGAGAUACUAGCACAAGCGAGAGUGCGUUCACUUUUGCAUUUUACCUUCAGAAAAACUAUGAAAUGUUACCUGUCAAACAGAUGACUGACGAAUUUGGAGAACCGGCAUGGAUUACGAUGAGCCCUGAAGAAGAUAUGAUACGGCUGGACUGGUCAGUGCCCGAAGGAUCGUUAUGCGAUGCCUUUUAUGUCAAUUAUACUAUACUAUCAUUAACUCGUCCAAAAUCCUAUUCCGUUGCCACAGUGGACGAGUUUACAAUAAUCAAGGUACACCAAUAUUUAUAUUUCUUUGACACAAGGCAACAAUCUGUUAGAUAAUC